AUGGCUCCUGAAAAUUUCACUGGGGUGAUGGAGUUCAUUCUCAUGGGAGUCUCAGACCGUCCAGAGCUCCAGGUCCCCCUUUUCUUUGUCUUCCUGGUGAUCUAUGGGAUGACCGUGGUAGGGAACCUGGGCAUCAUCACCCUCACCAGUGUGGACUCUCGACUUCAAACCCCCAUGUAUUUUUUCCUCCGACAUUUGGCUAUCAUUAAUUUCGGCAAUUCUACCAUCAUUGCCCCUAAAAUGCUGAUUAAUUUCUUAGUAAAGAAGAAAAAUACCUUUUAUUAUGAAUGUGCCACCCAAAUGGGUGGGUUCUUGUUUUUCAUUGUAGCUGAGGUUUUCAUGCUAGCUGUGAUGGCCUAUGACCGCUAUGUGGCCAUUUGUAACCCACUGCUCUAUAUGGUGGUAGUAUCUCGACAGGUCUGCCUUUUGCUGGUAUCCUUUGCAUACAGCUAUGGCUUUUCCACAGCUAUUGUGAUUGCUUCUUCUGUAUUCUCUAUGUCUUAUUGUUCUUCCAAUAUCAUCAACCAUUUCUACUGCGACACUGUUCCACUGUUAGCAUUGUCCUGCUCUGAUACUUACUUUCCAGAUACAGUAGCUUUUAUUUCUGCAGCUAUGAAUUUGAUUUUCUCUGUAAUUAUAGUUACAGUAUCCUAUUUCAACAUUAUCUUGUCAAUUCUCAGGAUACAUUCAUCAGAAGGAAGGAAAAAAGCCUUCUCCACCUGUGCCUCACAUGUGAUGGCGGUCACAAUGUUCUAUGGAACACUGCUAUUCAUGUAUUUGCAACCUAAAACUCACCAUUCAUUAGAUUCUGAUAAAAUGGCUUCGGUGUUCUAUACGCUGGUGAUCCCUAUGCUGAAUCCUAUGAUCCACAGCUUGAGGAAUAAGGAUGUGAUAGCUGCCUUCAAGAGAUUCCUGUCAAAGCCAUGCUAUUCCUUUAAACCAAUGUAA